GCCUUGCUGGUCAGAUCUCGGCUGGGCAGAACAAAAACCUUAGAGAUAAGCUUUAAUAAACAACCCGAAGACUGAACUAUAGAGGAGUCCAGACUCGUCUGUUCAUCGCGGGCUGCCUGCGAACCGUCCCACGCGAACCACCCCACGCAUGUCCGACAGAGACACACAGCCGAUCGGACAUCUGGCGUCCCUGGGUGGGCUCGAGACGGGCUCAGGAAGAGCACAGGAGGAACACAGCCUGAGCCAGGCGGGCAGCUCCCACAGCUGGACUCGUUCCCGGGAGUACGCUGAUAUCUCCCGGAGAAAGCAGCGUCUGCAGACGGAGAAAGCAGCAGCCACUGAACAGCAGCAGCCACUGAGACCAUCAACAAUCAUCGCACUCCUCUUCCACCGAAGGAGACUCGUACCAGGACAGCCCGGACCGGAAUCAGAAAGGCGCCUCUGAUCCCAUCUCCUGCGGACUGCUGGACAGGACCAGGAGCCUUCGGACUGCCCCGACGACACAAAUUCGGUGAGAAGGUUCAGAUUUAAAACAUCAAUCACUAUGGGAGGCACAUACACUAAGGAGCAAUUAGAAAUCUUAGCGGCCUUACAAGGCUUGGCACAGAUGCACACAAAGGGAAUUCCCAAGAAACAUCUUAAAGAUUUAUUACUGUGGGUCAGACUUAAUUACCCGCAUUCAGAGACCCGGUUGUUAUUUGAAGUGGGUUUCUGGCAGGAGGUCAACAGGCACAUAUAUUUGCUAGCAACAGAAAAGGAUGAGGCAGCCUUGAAGUUAUUAUCUCCAGCAAGGAUUAUGUUGGAGGCAAUUUCGGCUGAAGCUAGAAGCGCAGCCGGGCAGUUAGGUGAUAAAAACCCCGGAAAGAAAAGGGGGGGUCAGGGCACGGGACAGAGACUAACUCUGGUCUCAGAUAGCCCGGGAAAAACUGUCCCCGAAGAAGAGGAGGGACAGGAAAAAUUAGAACUGCCUUCACUUCCAAUUCCCCGAAAACCCAAGAAAACCCCAAAGCGUCCUGAGACCCCAGAGAAUUUAGGAGACUCAGACACCGAGUCAGACACGAGUCCUGUCCCAGAGCCAGGCGAUCCUGUUGGGGGGGAAAUUCCCGAGUUACAGGAGCCGAGGGCGGAAAAGACAGGAGGGGGUGUGAAGUCGCGAACGGGGGUGGAGGGGAGCGGGACCGGCACGGAGGCACCGAGCCGCGGCGACCGUGAUUGCGCAAUAGGGGCGGCGUCGGGGGCGGCGGCGGCGGCGGUUCCGGGCGGGGAAGGAGGAUUUGUGAGGGCAGGGGGGCAUAGCACGGGUGGUACGGGUGCCGUGCCGGAAGCGGCGGCUCAGAUGAUACGCGCGGGGCGGGAAGAGUGCGCGGGACCGGGGGCGCGCGGGAUUUCCGGGAAGGGCGGAAGCUCCACUGCGUCCAUCUCAGAUACGGGCAGUGAGGCGAGCGGAGCCUCAGAGACCCAGGCGGGGCCCGGCGGGAGGCGCAAGAAACGCAUGACAAUGACAUCACAACACCCGGAAACAGGGAUGCGGCGUUCUACCCGGAUCGCAGCGCAGGGGCCAAGCGCGGGCGAGAUGUCGCGAGGGGGGCGGAAACGA